CUUAUGAAACAGAGUGAAGUUAUACCAUUUUUUUCCGACAAAGAACGAAAAAAAAAGAAGCACUAAAAGGGAAAACACCUGCGUGAAUUUGUGAUUCGUGUUUUCAAAGUGGCAUAAAGACGAAGCAGAGACCACCAUUAAUGGGUUUCAUCGAUACGAACAAGACAGGACAUAGCCAUCCCCGUCCUCUGCUGCCUCCUAUAAUCGUGUCUGAGUAAUCUGCUUUUGUUUGUCCGAAGCCGCUAUUCUCGUCCGCUGUUUUUUUUUUUUUUUUGUGGAAAUCUUCAACCAAAUCUGGAAAACGCAACGCCGAGCCAGGAGAUUUUUCUUCCAGAAGAACAAGGAUCUAAAGCAGAGAGGCAUCAUCUUACCCUCUGGCUAAAACAAGGGUGUUAGAUUUAUUGAUCCAUCAUGGCUCCUGGAGGCAGUGCUUUGAAAGAUGUCUUAGUGUCUAACUCAAUGGCCAUGGAUUAUGAUGUUAAAAUGGCGAAAGCGGAUACUAAUAGUAAACCGACAAAGUCGGGUGGCGCUGGUGGUGUCGGAAAAUACGGGAUUCAUUCAAGCAAUGGUGUGUAUGAGCUCCUAGAAUGCCCUGUCUGUACGAAUCUGAUGUACCCUCCAAUUCAUCAGUGUCCGAAUGGCCACACGUUAUGUUCAAACUGCAAAAUCAGAGUGCAGAACUUGUGCCCAACAUGCCACUACGAGCUCGGAAACAUAAGGUGUUUGGCUCUCGAGAAGGUUGCAGAAUCUUUGGAAGUUCCAUGCCGGUACCAAAGUUUAGGCUGUCAUGACAUUUUCCCUUACUACAGCAAGCUGAAACACGAGCAGCAUUGCCGGUUUCGGCCUUACAACUGCCCUUAUGCUGGGUCUGAGUGUUCUGUAACAGGCGAUAUCCAAACACUUGUUUCCCAUCUCAAAGACGAUCAUAAGGUCGAUAUGCACGAUGGAUGCACCUUCAACCACCGUUAUGUGAAGGCAAAUCCACACGAGGUCGAGAAUGCUACAUGGAUGCUUACGGUAUUCAACUGCUUCGGAAGACAAUUCUGCUUACACUUUGAGGCGUUCCAUCUCGGGAUGGCCCCGGUGUACAUGACGUUCCUACGCUUCAUGGGAGACGAGAACGAAGCCAAGAAGUUCAGCUACAGCUUGGAAGUCGGGGCCCAUGGGCGUAAGCUGAUGUGGCAAGGUAUCCCCAGAAGCAUCCGUGACAGUCACAGGAAAGUCCGCGACAGCCAGGACGGCCUAAUCAUACCGAGGAACUUGGCGUUGUAUUUUUCCGGCGGCGGCGGCGGCGACAGGCAAGAACUCAAGUUGAGAGUCACAGGUCGGAUAUGGAAGGAAGAAUAAUAAGCUGGUUUCUGAAUUUGUCCAGACCGUUUUGUAAAUAGGUGAAAUUGUUGUUGUCUGGAUUCCGACAUUGAACUCUGGUUUUGGACCAGAGAAGCGAAAUGGGACAGAACUGAGAUCCGUCUUCUUCCAUGGUAGGGUUUGCUCAAUGAUCAGUGGAGGGUAAGAGCCUUUUUAUGACGUCUCUGUAAUCUUUUUUUGUGUUCAGACAAGAAGAUUGUGAUUUUUUUUUUUUUUGAGUUCUGUUCUUGAUGAUGUAAAAAAAACCAUGGUGAAUCACGAUUAUGCUUCCACAAGAUAUCUCUGUGGACUAA